UCCGGUUUCACACUCCUCCUCCGCGGUGCCUCGCUGGAGGAAGUGCGGAGCCGCGUCUGGAGUCCUGGCUUUUGCGCGCAAAUAAUCCGCGUGAAACCCGACGAUUUAACCCGGACUAAUGAAAACAGGGAGUCUGUUGCAUCGUUGAGCGCUCUUGCAGCUGCACACGUCUUUAACCAGCUUCAGCAGCUGAAACAAAGAAUCUCCAUGGAGCCCAAAAGAUUAAACGAGAAGUUUUUCAUUAUUCUUCGAGGGAAGUCGAAGAAAGGUUUCAGCAGAGGGUGUAUUGGUCGUGUGGAGACGGAGAGUGCAAACGGGGAGCUGAUGGGGAUUCUGUAUGGAUGUGCCACCAAUGCAGGGACCCCAAAAAAUGGAGGCCUGGUGAGGAAGGAGGACACGUACCCCCUGACGCGCCACCAGGCCCAGCUCCUGCUCUUUGUUGCCAGCGUGAGUAGACGCCUGGAGCUGCUGUGUAACCCGCAGCUCUUCUCAGCCAUCUGCGAGCUGUCCCCCAACGACCUGGUGGUUAUCCGGUACAAGAAGGGACACCUGCCAGGAAUGGUGAAGAACCUGAUGAAAAUUGGGAGAAAAGAAAGCAAAGAGGAUCUGCACAUGCUCGGCUUUGAGGUGGAGUUUGUGGACAGCGAUAAGAACAUGGCAUCAGCAAAGCCUGCAGCUCCUCUACCCAUCUUCAGCGCUGCAGACGUCAUCCAGGUGGUUCCGUCCUACUCGGUCCACCUUGGACUGCACUGGAGAGAGGGCAAGUGUGAGGGUUCAAGAAAAGCAGUGACACACAUCAGCUCCACGUCAAGCAUCGAGAAGAGUUCACCACAAGUGACAGAGAACCAGAACCAGUCUGCCUGUGAAGACCAACGGCUGGACCUGUCUCCUACACCGCCGCUGGAGGUGGGCUCCUUGGUGGAGGUCGUUUCCAACACGGGGGUCAAAGUGCACGGAGUCAUCCACUGGCUGGGGGUCCCUGAGGGGAAGACAGGUGACUGGGCAGGGAUCGAGCUGGACUACGAUGUGAACGGCUGCUCUGAUGGGCUGUACCAAGGUCAGAGGUAUUUCACCUGCAAAGGAAACAGAGCUUUGUUUGUCCCCAUCACAAAGUGCAGCCCUGACAGCAGGUUCAUCCACUCGUCAACAGAAGGCCCGGUCAGAGUCACAGAACCCCGCACAGUUCCUCCGUACGAGGACUCGGGGGAGGAUGCUCCACCGGUUCCUGAAUCCGAGGCACUGCCGCUGUUUGUGGGGAAAAUGAAGGGGAUCCAGGGCCACAUCAACUCCUGUUACCUGGACGCUACACUCUUCAGUUUGUUCAGUUCAUCUGUGACCGUGGACUCCGUCUGCUGCAAGCCUGCUGCCAACGAGCAGCCCCUAACCUGCACUCUCAGAACAAUAAUCAACCGUCUACGCAGACAGGGGUUCGUACCUGCAGAGAGUGUGAUGAAUCUGCGUGAACAGCUAGGCUGUGACACCUUUAGGACACACGAAAAAGAUCCAGAGGAGUUCAUUUCAGUCCUCUUUCAGAAGGUGCUCCGCAUCGAGCCGCUGCUCAGGCUCAGAUCAGAAGAAGGAACUUCUCACGGGGCGUACACGCUCCAGAUCUUUCUGGAAAAAGAACAGAUUAAGCAGAUGCCCACCGUCCAACAUCUGCUGGACACGUCCUGCCAGUCAGGUCAUCUGCAGUUUGAAGCGGUGCCCUCCUGUCUGAUCAUUCAGAUGCCACGGUGUGGAAACAAGUAUAAGAUGUUCUCUCACAUCCUCCCCUCCACUGAGCUGGACAUCACAGACCUGCUGCACAACGCUCCGAGGGAAUGUUUUAUCUGUGGAGACUUGGCAAGACUCGAGUGUCUUCAGUGCCUACCAGAUAACAAACUACAACCAGGAAGAGUCAAACAGUUUUGUAACGCCUGCAACACCCAGGUGCACAUCCAUCCCUCCCGACGCAGUCACUCUCCCAGCGCUCUCUCAGUGCCAGCAGAUGCAGAAAGUAGCGCUCCCGUGCCUCGGCACAAAAUGGAGCUGUUUGCCGUUCUCUGCAUUCAAACCAGCCACUUUGUGUCGUUUGUCAAAUACGGCCCCGACCCACACUCCUGGCUGUUUUUUGACAGCAUGGCAGACAGAUGCGGUGAUGAUCAGAACGGGUACAGCAUUCCAGAGGUCCGAGCUUGUCCCGAGCUCGGGGACUUCCUGAGCCAGCCUGAGGAGGAUUUGGCCUGGGCGAACCCUUUCCAGGCUCCGGAGCUGGUACGGAGGCUGCUGUGUGACUCCUACAUGUUUCUAUACCACACGUCAGCCACGCCACCUUCAGAGCCAGACAUCGUGCAGUUCUGAGUGCAUUAGAGGACCUGCUGUUCCACAACAGAACCUAUGACAGCUUCACAUCGCUGCUUAGUCAGAUAUUGUGCACUUUAUAUGGCGUCUAUGAGGUAGGAGCUGAGAUGGCUGCUGCUGGGAAUCAGUUCAGAGGCCAGAAGGAAAACCAAACUACUCAUGAGGUCAUUUUUAAACCCUUGAAUUUCUUAUGGUUGUCAAACUGAAUAUUUGUUGCUAAUCUUUAUUGGCAAAUAACAUUUUAGGUAAGCUGAGCAGAUGAAAGCAGCAAUCAAGAGUUUUCUGCCUCUCAGGAAUUAUGUAUGAAUUUUUAGAAAUGCUUUUAUUUUUGUUGGCAUCACAGAAAGUGUGUAAAUACUUAAUAAACUGCACUGCGCUUGUUUUUCA